AUGACGCAAAUUGGAAUCUUCCCCGCUUCUGGCGCUCUGGGCACGAGCACCUACACCCAUCUUUUGUCUCAGGUCCCUAACGACCAGGUCACGCUCAUCAAUCGCUAUCCUGAAAAGGUUCCUGAAAAAUACGUCGAAAACGGCACUACUGUUCGUCAGGCCUCAUACGAGUCGACCUCCGAAGAACUUGAGGCCGCUUUUGCUGGGGUUGAUAUCCUUUUUCUGAUAUCAUACCCCAGCCAUGUCCACCAGUACCGGACUAAAGUCCAGACCAAGGCACUUGAUGCGGCGGUAAAAGCUGGAGCCAAGCACGUUUUCUACUCCUCGUUGGGCUUUGCAUCUAUCAACAAGGAUUCUACAAAGGCGGAAGUCAUGGGUGCCCAUCUGGACAGCGAGGCGUACGUGAAGGAGCUUGCUCGUACUCACCCCGGGUUUUCCUGGACUAGUAUCCGCGAGGGCCUUUACAGCGAGUCUUUUCCCAUCUACACAUCUUUCCUCGACCUCAAGAAUCCCCCAUCGAGGAUCCUCAUCCCGCAUGACGGAAGCGGCCCGGGUGUCAGCUGGGUCAAAAGAGACGAACUGGGUGAAGCCACUGCACGUCUGAUCGCCUCGUAUACGAAGUCGCCAUCGUCAUUCAAGUACACUAACGAGAUCGUCACACUGACCGGCUACAAAUCGUGGACAUUGGCAGAGACCAUUGAGGUUCUUUCACGAACCGCAGGCAAGGGGUUCCAGAUUCAGGAAAUUAGCGUGGACGAAUACGUGGAUCUUCCGCAGAUCAAGGGGUAUUUCGGAUCCGAGGAAAAGGCAAGGACUUGGGCUACUGCAUGGGAAGCUAUUCGUGCUGGAGAAACUGCUCCUGUGACCUCAACAAUGAAGGAGAUUCUUGGACGCGAGCCCGAGUCUUUCGAGAAAACCAUUGAGGAGUUUGCCAAGCAGACAAAGUCUGAAUAG